AAAUCCCGUUCUUUAUCUAGUCAUCAAUUGUGUCAGAGGAAAUCUAGCGAAUGCUGAUAAGUAUUUCGUAAUGUGUUAUCAUAAUUGCUGUAGAAAUUUCUUUCCGGUAGAAGCAUGUGUUGAAGACGUAUAUUUGUUAAAAUUUUGUUUUCCUGUAAAUGGUAUUCCUUUGGCUAAAAAGAGAAAAACCAGCACAAUCACAUAAAACUAAAUGGGCUUCUACUAACAAACACCGUGAUCAGUAUGAUGAAAAAUCUAAAAUUCCUUCUACUUCAAAACAAGAGGAUGCUACAAAAGAUAAAAGUUCAACAAAAAAUUCUGCUGAGAACUUAAAUUUUGCUGAUCAAGAUUUUGCUUCUCAUGAUGAACCAUCUCAGAACUCACAAUCACAUAAAACUAAAUGGGCCUCUACUAACAAACACCAUGAUCAGCAUGAUGGAAAAUCUAAAAUUCCUUCUACGUCAAAAGAAGAGGAUGUAAAAAAUAAUUCUGCUGAGAACUUAAAUUUUGCUGAUCAAGAUUUUGUUUCUCACGAUGAACCAUCUCAGAACUACAGACAUAAUCCCUUGAUUAGUUACAUUGUUGAAGUCCUGCAACUGCUGUUUCAAGAAUUCAGACUAACUGGUUACAACAGUCCUUCAGGUAUAUACUGCAUAUCCAAUUCCAGUAAUUUUAAUUGUGGCCCCACUUUCAUCAAUGUAAUAAAAGGUUCUGCUUCUGAAAAGGUGAACUCUGGAGUUACUUCAAAUAAACUGGAUAGGUCUAGAGGUCGUCCUAUAAAAGUUAGAAAAGGAGUGUUUGAUUCAAAGCGGAUAAUAUCAGAUGAAGAUAUACAAGUUGUAUCUCAGUAUAUUGCAGAUGAUUGGAAAAUACUCAUUAAGAGUUUGCCUGGGAUCACAAGCUAUAGUUCUUCUUUCCAUCAAAGUUUAAUUGAUGCUUUGGACAGUCAAGAUGAUGUCAAUUUAGCAGAACUAGCCUUGCUUAAAUGGAAAGAAACACUUCCUCAAGUUUCAAACAUCGGAAAUUUAGCAAAAAUUUUGUUCAGUAUUGAUCAUCCAGAUGUUGUCACUAUUCUAAAUCCAUGAAACAUUAUAGGAUAAAAAUAUAUUAAUGCAAUUAUAUGAAUAUUAUGCAUUGCUUAUUUGUUUUCAUUAUCAAUAGUUUUAUUUCUGUCAUGAAUUUAAUACAGUUUUUAACUGUAAAUAAAUCAGUUUUGCAACUGAAAUUUCUUCCAGUUUUUGGCAUUUAUGUGAUCUUUGUAUAUGUGAAAAUAGAAAAAUAGGUAUAUCUUUUUUUCUGUUUAGAUUUGGAAAUUAAUAAUACUGUUUCAUUAUACUAGUCAGUUCCAUUUAAUUUGUUUUAAUUGGUCUAUUUUUAUUUAUGUACUUAUUUUUACAUCCGUGUAUGAAGUAAAUAAAGUAUUGUAAUCACGAAAAAUUUCACUUAUCAUAUUUUAGCGAAAUCAUCUACUUGCGGCUGCCAUUGAAUCCAUUUGAAUGAUUAUUUUGUGAGACAUCUGUAUGUACGGACAGAAUAAAAGACUAUUUUUCCCGAAACAAAUCAUAAAA